AUGCAGCGGAGCCUGUUGCAGGCAGCAUCUCAGCUGGCACAUGGGACGUGUUUGGUUUUCCCUCGCCCUGGUCUCUUCCAGUGCUUGAAAGGACAGGCAGCAGUGUCCAAUGUGGGGUGCAAAGUGAUUUUGGCACUGGACCCUCCCAGACGUUGUCUCCAUGCAGGUGCAGCACGCUUGGCUUCAGAGAAAAGUGCUUUUUCAUCCAAGCCAGCAGACACUCCUCACAAAGCACCGGAGGAGAGGAACCCUUUGACUUUGGCCACUGAUCCAGCCAAGCAGAGCUCUGCAGAGUCGGAUGCUUUAGAACCCGACCCGUUACAAGACAAGUCAAUCGGUCUGGUUCAGAGGUUCAAGAAGACCUUUAAGCAGUAUGGGAAGGUCAUGAUUCCAGUGCAUCUCCUGACCUCCACCGUGUGGUUUGGAACCUUUUACUAUGCAGCCAUGAAAGGGGUGAACGUUGUUCCCUUCCUAGAGAUGAUUGGCCUGCCAGACAGCGUAGUAAACGUCCUGAAGAAUUCCCAGAGUGGGAAUGCUCUAACUGCCUAUGCACUGUAUAAAGUUGCAACUCCUGCCAGAUACACCGUGACCUUGGGAGGAACCUCCUUCGCCGUCAAGUACCUGCGGCAGAGGGGCUACAUGUCCACACCUCCUCCAGUGAAGGAGUACCUGCAAGACAGGAUGGGGGAGACAAAGGAUAAAAUCACAGAGAAGAUGGGGGAGACAAAGGACAAAAUAACAGAGAAGAUGGGGGAGACAAAGGAUAAAAUCACAGAGAAGAUGGGGGAGACAAAGGAUAAAAUCACAGAGAAGAUCCAAGAGACCAAAGAUAAAGUUUCAUUUAAAAAAAUUAAGGACUAG